GGGGCACAAAGCAGCCCAAACGCGUAGCAGUGGAAGGAAGACGCGCUGGUGCGAGGAAGGGAGAGAGAGACACACACAGAGAGAGACAGACAGACAGACAGACACACACACACACACACAGAGAGAGAGAGACGGAGCGCGCGAGCGAGGCGGAACGCAGCGAAAAGGGAGGAAGAGGCGCGCUUCGCAGCUCUGCCGCAGCCGGGACUUCGCCGCGGCGCUUGGCCAAGCAGCCGCGCGGCCGCCCAAGCGCCUCCCGCAUUCAGCCGCACUUUUCCCGACCGCGAUUCCCUCCUUCUCUCCCCCACCCCCCCUGCCCGGCAACCCCUCUUGCUCUCCCCUUCAUUGGAGCCGGUUUCUCCGGUCCUUCCCGCAUCCCUCUCCGUCCCCUCCCGCCCUUUCUCUCUCUCUUUCUCUCUCCCCCGUCUCUUUUUUUUCCCGACUCCCCGGUCCUCCUCCAAACGCCUCUUCGAGCGGCCCCUCUGAGUCCCCUGCAGACCUCGCUAACUUGUGGCUGUUGUGAUGCGUAUUCCCGUAGAUCCCAGCACCAGCAGGAGGUUCAGCCCCCCUUCCAGCAGCCUGCAGCCCGGAAAGAUGAGCGAAGUCAGCCCGGUAGUGGCGGCAGCCCAGCAGCAGCAGCAACAACAGCAACAGCAGCAGCAACAGCAGCAGCAGCAGCAGCACCAGGAGGCGGCGGCAGUGGCGGUGCCCAGGCUUCGCCCGCACGAUAACCGCACCAUGGUGGAGAUCAUCGCCGACCACCCGGCCGAGCUGGUCCGCACCGACAGCCCGAACUUCUUGUGCUCCGUGCUGCCUUCACACUGGCGCUGCAACAAAACUCUCCCGGUGGCAUUCAAGGUGGUGGCUUUAGGAGAAGUCCCUGAUGGGACAGUGGUCACAGUCAUGGCUGGAAACGAUGAAAAUUAUUCUGCAGAGCUGAGGAAUGCCUCAGCUGUAAUGAAGAAUCAAGUGGCACGGUUUAAUGACCUGAGAUUCGUUGGCAGAAGUGGAAGAGGGAAAAGUUUUACUCUAACAAUAACUGUCCUUACAAAUCCUCCUCAAGUUGCUACAUAUCACAGAGCUAUAAAAGUGACAGUAGAUGGACCAAGGGAACCACGGAGGCACAGACAGAAGCUUGAUGACUCUAAACCUAGUUUGUUCUCUGAACGUCUCAGUGAUUUAGGGCGCAUUCCUCAUUCCAGUAUGAGAGUAGGGGUCCCGACACAGAGCCCACGGCCCCCCUUGAACUCUGCACCAAGCCCUUUUAAUCCACAAGGACAGAGUCAGAUUACAGACCCCAGACAAGCACAGUCAUCCCCUCCAUGGUCCUAUGACCAGUCUUACCCAUCAUAUUUGAGCCAGAUGACUUCACCAUCCAUUCAUUCCACAACUCCCUUGUCCUCCACACGAGGUACAGGGCUUCCUGCCAUCACCGAUGUGCCCAGACGGCUGUCAGGUGCUUCAGAGCUGAGCCCAUUUUCAGAUCCCAGGCAGUUUACAAGCAUUUCAUCCCUCACUGAGAGCCGCUUCUCCAACCCACGAAUGCACUAUCCAGCCACCUUCACUUAUACACCGCCAGUCACUUCAGGCAUGUCAUUGGGUAUGUCAGCCACCACUCAUUACCACACCUACUUACCGCCACCUUAUCCAGGCUCUUCCCAAAACCAAAGUGGACCAUUCCAGACCAGCAGUACUCCAUAUCUCUACUAUGGCACAUCAUCAGGAUCAUACCAGUUCCCCAUGGUGCCGGGGGGAGACCGUUCCCCCUCCAGAAUGCUUCCUCCCUGUACUACCACAUCCAACGGCAGCACAUUAUUAAACCCUAACUUGCCUACCCAGAAUGAUGGUGUGGAGGCUGAUGGAAGCCACAGCAGCUCCCCAACAGUCUUGAAUUCUAGUGGCAGAAUGGAUGAGUCUGUCUGGAGGCCUUACUGAAAUUUUCUCUGCGGGGCGUAAAAUCUAUCAGACAGAAAGCAAACCAAUAAAAAACGAUUGUCCGCUGAUUAUAAAGUGCCUGGUUUUUGUUUUUUGUUUUUGAAAUAGAUUCUGUUGAUAUGUGCAACUGAGUAGCUGGGAUGUUAACAGCUAAUUAUAUGCAUAUGACAUGAGACUGACUUUCCAUAUCAUAAUUCCAGUCAAUGUGGAUCAAAGCACAGUUUGUUUUCCUCCUGGGAAUGUUAUCUCAGUUUUAUAUUUUAAAAUAUAAUGAUCCAGCCCCAAAAGAUGCCCAUUCUGUCUAGACUCCUUUAAAAAAAAAAAGCGAGUUCUUUUGCCAAGAGAGGAGACAUGGACUCCUGCCAAGACAACGCCUGUGCUUUAUUUGUUGUUCAAAUAAACAGAAGCAUCUUGAACUUCAGGUACGGUUGCAGCCAUACAAUCUCUAGGACCCUCAUGCAUGCACAGUAUAAUUCACUCCGUGUGUUUGUGCACACAGAAAAAAAAAAGCUUCCAUUUAUACCAGAAUAUCUUCAGCUUACAGUAACUCCUCAGCCAUCUUAUCAAAGCCUUGCCUCUGAUGAAAGAGAAAACUUUUGAAGUACUUGGCUUUCUUCUACUUUUGCUGAAAUAGCACCCCAUAAGGUUCCAAGACAAACUUGUUUGUUUUGUGUUAUACAUUUUUGUGAUUACCUUUGCCUUAGUCAAGUUAACCAAAAAAAAUCUUGGGGAAAAAUGUCCCCCAUACAAAACAAAACAGAACAAAAAAACCAAAUUCUAAUUUCUUAUGCAAGGAAAAAAAAGAAAAGAAUGGCAAUAUAUCGUACUCAAACCAAAACAGUAUCAAUAGUAUGUGUGUGUGGCUAUCUUGUUUUAUUUUAUUAAGUUAUAAAUGUGUACAAAAUUGAGGUU